AGCAGCUUUACUUUUCGAUAUCGAGGCUCGGUGAUGUCACUCUUUAGUCACGGAAAAAAAUUUUGAUAGUUCCGAUGUUAACAAUCUUGAGAGCAUCAAACUUAUUGGAUGUUUGUCACCAAGUCAUUGUGUAAAAGAGGCUUGUAGAAGGUGUGUAAAUAGUUGGUAGUCUUGUAUAUAUAAAACCCACAAAAUGAAGCUAUAUUCCCUGACAGUAUUGUAUAAGACAGAGCACAAAGUGCGAUCACUGAAGGCUGCACAUGACCUCCAGUCCUUUGGAUAUUUUCAGAGAGGAAGUGUUAGAGAAUUUAUGGAUUUCACGAGUCGUAUAGUAACAGAGCGGACAUCUUUAUGUAGCAGGGCUUCAGUAAAAGAACAAGAAUACAUGGUGCAUGUCUAUGUGCGUGCUGAUGGUUUAGCAGGUGUGCUAAUUGCUGAUCAUGAAUAUCCAGUGAGAGUUGCCUUUACGUUGCUUAAUAAAGUGCUGGAUGAAUUCUCAGAAAAAUUCCCCAAGAUUGAAUGGGGUACCGUUGAAGAAAACACUGUUCAAUUUUCAAAUGCGGAUGAUUAUUUAGUCAAAUACCAGAAUCCCAAGGAGGCUGACGCCAUGACCAGACUACAAGCAGACAUAGAUGAAACCAAGAUCAUUCUUCAUAAUACAAUAGAAGCUGUACUACAGAGGGGAGAGAAAUUAGAUGACCUUGUUGAUAAAUCAGAGGGACUCAGCACGCAAUCCAAGGCUUUUUAUAAAACAGCAAAGAAGACCAAUUCCUGCUGUGUGAUAUUAUAAUAGAGGCUGACUGAUUGAAAUGGAAAUCAAAUUUACCAGAUGAAGAAAGUAACCUAGAUAUAAAUACAUUUAGAAGAUGGACCAUUUGAGUGUUUACCAUGGCAAAAUGUGCACAUAUGAUUACAAACUAAUAUGACCAUUACAUACGUUACAAAAUGCAUAUGUUGUGUAUGCAUUGUAAGUCACAGAAACUAUUUUCCUGAGUAAAAUAUGAAAUUCACUGUAUUUCAUAUUCUGUAACGUUCUGCAAAUGUCUUUUUAAGAAUGGAGAAAGAUGACAUUUUAAUAUUUGUGGACAUAGGUAAACAUUCACCAAACGUGCUGUGGGGAAUGCACACCAAACAGUGGAACAUUUAAGGCAAGUUAAGCGAUAUGAAUACCCUGUAUGACUACUGCAACAACCACUUUAGCAAGGCUGAGAUACAAAGGAUCUUGUUGGUAAAAGAGGCUUGUAGCAAUACAUUUCUCUGUGUCCCACUGACCUUAAAUGAAGGCAUAUAUUUGCAGGGGAUUAUUUGCUGUAGAGAAUGAUUAAGGAUGGUAAAAAAACGAGAAUCUGAACCAUUAAAUUUACGUGCAUGAGAGACUGCUGUUGAUAAGUUGUGCUUAUGAGAUGUAGGUCAUUGUGAUGAAACGUAACAGCUGUAUCAGCUGUUGUCACAGUGAUGGAUUUAAGCAGGUCAUGGAAAUUAUUUAAGAUUGGAUAAGAGAUUAAUACCAUUCAAGGUAAAUUAUAGAUUGCCAUAUAUUGUGUUUAGGUGAUAAGUAUUAAAUGUCAGACUUACAUAUAUCAUGGCACAUUUUGUUUUGACGAAUCCAAGUGUAAGCAGUUGAAAACAAUAUGAAGCUGCUGCAUUAAUAUGAUAUGAAAAUGUGCUGAUGAAAAAAAAAAAAA